CAGGAAUAGCUUUUUACGCAACUUUUUUCUCUGUGAAGCAUCCAAAGGGGCACAAAAAAAAAACUUGAAGCACCUCAGUCAUGGUUGAUGCAAAGUCUUUCAUCUCGCUGUCUCCGGACGCCAAGGUCGCCAUCAUCUCAGCCAUGCUCAAACACCCAGACGACCUUUCCAACCUGAGUUCUAUUCGACAAAAGCUUAUACGUGAAAAAGCCAUUGUGGACCAACAGCUCAAAAUUGGCGUCCAGAACCAGAUGGAGGAGACCAAAGAAGCAUUAGAUAUUCUAGGCACCACCAAAGAACAGGUGCUGGGUAUUAGAACAAACAUGAAAAAUAUUGAUUCGUUGUGUAAAGAUGCACAAGGACUGAUAACUGAUUAUCCACGUAUCCGAAAGAUAUCACAAACGCAUCAGAACUUUGUUGCGACACAGGAUCUAGUCAAUAACUUCCAGGAACUACAUCAGGAGCUUGACAGGAUUAAGGUCAUGCUGAGGGAAGACAAGAAGAAUAUUGUGGGGCCAGCACCUAACUUACUCAUGGUCCAUUACCAAUUAUACAAAUUGGAGCAGCUCCGAAACACGACACUCCACAUGGCCAAGGACGAAGCCCUGGAUGUUAAAGUCACACUGAAGCAAUACUUUGGACGUCUAGAUCAAGUAAUAGAAGAAUUUGAGGAGUACUUAUGGGAAUUGACACGUAACAUGAUUGGAUUGAUCAAGAACAAACAGGGUUCUGUGAUUGUUCGAGUCAUUAAAAUUAUCGAGAGCGAAGAGAGUGCGGAUGCUAAAGCUAUCGCGCCUAAAACCGAGCGGCGGUCGUCUAGGCAGGGACUUGGAGGCAAGAAGGUGGACAAACCGCCACGGGAGAUCAAAUCACUACGUAGCAAAUUUUUUGAUGUUCUCCACGAUGAAGUUUCGCAAAAGUUCAAUGUGUUGUUGGAAAGCGUGGACAAGGAACCUCGAGAGUGCCUCGAGGCUACUGAGUUUGUGUUUCCGGAUUUAGCUCUUGUGUAUGACGAAUUGGUGCCUCGCUCGCCUUCCAACUACAAAAUCUUUCCAUUCUUUGUUCUUGAAUAUCACCGUCAUGUAUAUGAACUAGUCAACAAGGUUGCCAGUUUGCCGGAUCUUGACGGAGGUCUUAUUUUGUUCCUAUUACGUUGGGUUCGAGAAUAUUAUGCCAGCAUGAGUCAUCAGCUAGGAGUAACAGAGGAGUUACUGGAGCCACAGUUAUUGGAUGGAAACGAACAAGGGCUCUUGGAUGAGUAUCUGAAGUUAGUGAGAACCAACCUUUUCAAAUGGAUCAACAACAUGAUGUCGACCACAACCACGGAGUUUGUUGAGCGCCAGGUGGCACCUGCAAAGGAUGCCGAGAACUUCUACCACAUGCAGACAGCGAAUCUACUUUUUGAAAUGGUAAAUCAACAGGUAACACUGGCAGACGACUCACAACAGAGCAUGGUGAUGGAGCAAGUUGUCAAGGAAUGCAUAGGUGUUAUCAAGGAUUACCAAAAUAGAUGGAAGGCUUUAAUCUCAAGUGAAGUGAAGAAGCAGUUGGAGGCACCUGAUACAGCACCUUUGGGUCUGACAGAGUACAUUAUGGCAGCAACAAACGAUCAAAUUAAAUGCGCCGAGUUUGCGGAUACAGUGCUAGGAAGGAUAGAAAGCGAGAACAUGAUCAAGAACCACAAGACUUUCGAGUCAGUAAGGGACUCGUUGAACGAGUGUAUGGAUGAUUUCUUUGAUGUAGCGACACACGGCGCCAAUUCGCUUUUGGAUUUAGUCUUCAACGACAUCAAAGGACCUUUUAGCAAGUUGCACUUGUCCCAAUGGUACGAUGAUGACCCUAUGGGCCAAAUUGUAGAGACUCUGAAAGACUAUAAUGAUGAUUUCAGGGCACAUUUGAACGAAUAUAUGUUCAAAAAGUUGGUGGAUUGGAUGUUGGAACGCGUGAUGAUCGCGCAGAUUGAUGCUCUACGCAAUAGUGGGGCCAAACUCAAGUAUCCAGCAUGUAUUGACCGAUUAGAACAAGAUCGCGCGUCAGUUUUCAGAUUCUUUGAAAUGUACAAACCGAUCAACGAUCUACAAGAGGAUUUCGAUGCGAUCGAACAACUACACAAGUUUGCAUGUAGCUCCAAAAAGACUGCAUAUCUCAACUUUUAUUCGAUGAAGCGCGUCUAUCACGACUUGCCCAUCUCAUUAGUAGAGGUCAUCCUAGCAAAGCGGGAUGACUUGGACAGAUCCAGUAUCAAGGAGAUCAUGGAGCCUAUUAAAGAGAAAUUUAAAGAUAAGGAUCCCAUUGAUGCGGCACGUACACCCACUAUCUUUAGCAAAGUUAAACAGUAAAAAAAAGUUCCCUCUAACAUAGACAUAAAAGUAUGCAACCUAUCUUAUAAAAAGCUCUAUCAGCC